AUCAGUUCCCCUACCUACCGGUGUCCAGUUAUGUUGUGGAGAACGUUGCUCGGGCAACAAUUUGUUUGGACUUUUGUUUCGGGAGACGUCCCGUAGAAUCGUUCGUUCGAUAAAGACGUUGCGGACUGUAUCACGUUAUCGAUCGUGCGUUCAGUGAUCGUGAAAAAGUACACUCGGUCGAUUUUGUUUGAUUUUUUAAUAAUCGUCCAGUCCAUUUACAUUCCAGACCCACGCGUGCUUCUCGAUAUACAUUUGCGCAGGAUCUGGUGUGCUUGGUGAACAGAUUUGGGAGAAAGGUGAAAAUAUUUUUCAAGAAGCAACGUCGACGGUAGUUUCGAUAGGAUCUCUAGCUGGAAUUUUCUACGAUCGAAUCAGGAAUGCGGCGCGAAUCGUUAGCGGAAAAUGGACAUUAAAGAGGUACAUACGAACAACCGAAGGAGGAACGUCGUUCGCACUGGGAAGAAGGGACGCACUGGGAAGGAGGUUCCGGAAGAUAUUCGCGGGUUUUCGUGAGAACCAACGACCUUCCAUUUUACUUGAGAAUAAGUAGGAGAGGUCGGCCUUGAAGCGUGGAAAUACGCGGCGUCGCGUGGUAAUAGUCGUGGAGCAGGCGGGCAGAACUCGGUAUCAAGAGAGAGAUUUAUUCGAGUUUCACAACCUCUCUCGAUCAGCGGCACCGGUGGUCGCGGUCGUGACCUCGAUAGAGCUCAUCCACCUGGUUGGAUAACUCGACUCUCGAUUCGAGCCCGCCACGGAACCCUGAAAGGUCGAGCCGCUUGGUGGCCUCGCUCUUUCGCCAGUCUACUCUUGCUUCUCGGUACCACCACCGGACCACCGACUCACCACCACCACCGCGCACCACCACCGGAAGUCGCACGAUGUAGCGACUUUUGCCGGCGAUUCCAUCGCGCGAUAACAUUGUAUCUGAUCGAAGCUGUGUUCUACGCGUGUUACGAGUUGUACGCGUCCGUGCGCUCGCGUCUCUGUCCCUUGACAAGAGAAACGGAAACAAGACGUUGAAAUAUUUUCGGACGAUACAAACGGACGGUAGCAGCGUGGCCGCGGUCGCGCGCCAACCAUGAAAACGAUGGGCGACGUGGCCCCGAAUUCCGUCGACGAACAGAACGGCACUUGCGCCUCGGCACAGAACCCCACUGCCGGCAAAGAAUUCGGCCACAAGACCCUCAAGUCCUUGAAGAGGGGCCUCGGCAGACUUUGGAGGAGGCAUCGUGGCAACGCCUCCAUCACCGAAUACGACCCUUGCUACAAGGUCGCUUAUCUUGGGAACGUUCUCACUGGAUGGGCCAAGGGGGAGGGCUGUGUAGAGAAACCAGUGUCGACGUUAUGGCGCAAUUACGUUACCAGCAGCAGGCCGGACGUGUCGAUGAGGUUGACGGUCACGAACGGCGGUUUGACCGCCACGACCAAGGAUCACGGUUUGACGGAGUACUGGGCGCAUAGGGUGACCUAUUGCACGGCACCUGCUUCUCAUCCGCGCCUCUUCGUCUGGGUCUACCGGCACGAAGGACGUAGGUUGAGGCCAGAGCUCAGGUGCCACGCUGCCCUCUGUAGCAAGGAGUCCACCGCCAGGAGGCUGGCCUCGACCUUGAACGCCAGGUUACAGCAAGCACUCCUAGAAUUCCGACGGGACAAGGUCUCCAGACAAAAUGCUAGAUUAUCGCUAGCAAACGCUCUGUAUGAGAACCCUUCCUUACCACGACGAAAGCUACUUCUCAGUAUCGGAGGCCAGAAUUACCGACCUCCCCUUGAGAGAUCGAAAAGCGCGCCGAAAUUAUCAGCGAUCGAGGAAGAUAUCGUCGCUGAGGAAAUAGAGCAGCAGAGGAUCCUCGAAGAGUUGAGGACACUAGAGAACGUGGCGCACAGUUGGCAAGAUCAAGAUAGUUGGAGGCUCGCUCGAUUACUCGAUGCUCUGAAUCGCGAAUCUUCCGACGAGAACGGAAGUAUUUCGAGCGGGUGUGAAACAGCCAGCACCGCGACCAGCGAAGAAAGAGCUCCAGGUCCGGAAGAUCACCAUGCUACAGGUGAGACAACGGAACAGCGAAUAGACAGAAGAGUGAUGUUCUCGGAUGACGCGGUCGUAAGAGGUGCAGGUCCCCGAAGAAAUUCCGAAGGUUCGCCAAACUUCAUGACCUGUGCCGGAAGUCCGCGUUUUCACCGUCGAAACACGGUGCACACCGGUCGUGAAAGGUUUCCACAUCGGAACGAAGAGGACGAAUCGAUGGAGGAGGAGGAGGAAGAGAUAGAGGAUCCUGCGUCGCAUGUGUUCGAUUUCGAGUACGUCGAGGACUUUGACGACGUGGUGGAUUAUAGACCAAGAGGCGAGAUAUUGUGCAGGUUGGACGACCCGCAGGAUAGAGAGAGACGAGUGAUGGAAAAGUACCCUGGCAGAAUGAGUCACGACUUGCUGCAAAACGACGACUCCCCUUUCUUGACUUUGGACUCCUUGGACGAGGAAGUGGACAGCGACGAAAGCGGCUACGUCGAGGCACCGCCAAAGUCUUUAUUGGGCCAAGACGACCGCAAAGAGGACGAAGAGACGAAUAAUAACAACGGUCGCGUGGAAUCGGGUCAAAAUCAGACCGGGUCACCCGGUCCUGACGUCCUGAGAGGAUCGAACGCGGAGGAAAGUGCAAAAACGAAAAACGACGAUUCCAAAGAAACGAAAAACGCGAAAGACGCGAAAGACACGAAAGAAGAAGCGGAAAUGGAAGAGCAAGUGGAAUCGAAAGAUUCUAUGCUGACCGUGGAGAAUAAUCAGAGGAUCAAAGAGAAGGAAAGGGAGAGAGCCGAUUUCAUCAAGUGUCCUAUUUCAGAGACUAUAAAGAAACUGGCGAACGCGUCGCUGAAAAGCUCCAAGUCCUUAGAAAUGACUACGAACAACUGUUUGAAAGCUUUGAAUAAUUUAAAGACGUCAAAGUCGUUGGACGGUGUUAAGCCGGCAGAGAUGGAAGGAGAGUCGCCGAGCCUUCAUCAAAGGAAACAAUUGCUCGCCCAACAAGGCGUUAUCGUUUAAGAGCUGGUCCAAAUAAAAAAUAAGAAACACACGAACGAAAGACGAAAGCCCGAAAAUUCUUAAAUAUAGGUUUACUCUGACGCGAUCGUCCACCUAUCGAUCAACGACAGGCCAAUCUGUACAUCGCGUAUUACAAACUCGUAACGUUGCCGCAUUCGUUAGACAAUUUUUAAACUUAGAUAGAAAACUUUACCGAGAGAUAAUAAUCGAGGAGUUGGUUUUGUCUCGAUCGAUAAAGGUCUUUGGUAAACCGUUGUGCCCGUGUUAUUGAUUUAACAGAAACGAAAUGCGGCUUCGAGUAUCGUGAGAAUAUGUAACGUUAGAACUUGCGAGGAUAUACGUACGUUGCUCUAUCGAAUUGUCGACGAUUAAACGAUUUUUUCAAGAAAUCCGUGUAAUGAGAAGUAAGUUUAAUCGGAAUCGACCGUCGAGUUGGGUGCACUGGCGAUCCGUGAUUAUCAAGUUGGGCUUGACGCGCAGGAUCGUUAGUUGCACCGCUAUAGUAUGGACAAAUUGAACGUUAAGCGGGCUACUCUUGCGGAGCAUGGUACAAUUAUUUACGAUUUAUUACGAUAUUUAUAUCGAUUUACGGGCGUGUACUUGGAAGCAAUAUUUUUCGAAACGUAUAAUGGGUUAAAACGUAUAAUUGGUUAAAAGAGCCAAGCUUUCGGCAAAUAUAGAAUUGAUAGAAUCGAUCGUCGCAAGACAACAAAGAUUCGCACAAAACAAAUACUUUGAAAA